UACGGUGGGCCGAGCGCUGAGGCCUAGGCCGUGACUGACGCAGCCCAGCCCGGAUCAAUGGGAAGCGGCUUCUGUCACCCUCCCACCGGGUCACCGAGCUGGCAGGAGAGCCCCCCUCAGCCCUGCGCGGCCCUACCGGGCCUGUAGGAGACAGGCCGGGAGAGCGCCGGCACCCCACCGCCCCCCUGACCCUCCAUGGACGGCAGUGACUGAGCAGCGCCCUGACAGGCGCGGGGAGCCCGGGACAGACCGCAGGCCGCCGCUGGCAUGGCCGGGAACUGCAACAGCUUCAACCCGGGCACCGGGGAGAUCAUCCAGCUCAAUGUCGGGGGGACCAGGUUCAGUACAUCAAGGCAAACACUAAUGUGGAUUCCCGACUCUUUCUUUUCCAGUCUGCUAAGCGGAAGAAUUUCAACACUACGGGAUGAAACUGGAGCUAUAUUUAUUGAUCGAGAUCCAACUGCUUUUGCACCAAUUUUAAACUUUCUCCGAACAAAGGAGCUUGAUUUAAGGGGUGUCAGUUUGAAUGUUCUACGUCACGAAGCAGAAUUUUAUGGAAUCACACCUUUGGUAAGAAGGUUGCUACUUUGUGAGGAGCUUGAGAGGUCAUCAUGUGGCAGCGUCUUAUUUCAUGGAUACCUACCCCCACCAGCUAUUCCCAGUCGUAAAUUGACGUGUGACCCUUCGCCAGAUGGUAAUGCAGGGCCUACACUCUGUGAAGGAACUGCCCAAGGAACUGCUGUACAGCCAACACUUGCAGCUGCAGAAGGAGUAGUUAGACUUGGGCUCCCAGUGGAUCCUCGAAAAGUGCUAAUAGUAGCAGGCCAUCACAACUGGAUUGUAGCCGCAUAUGCUCAUUUUGUGGUCUGCUACAGGAUAAAGGAGUCUUCUGGCUGGCAACAGGUUUUUUCAAGUCCUUACCUAAACUGGACUAUUGAACGUGUAGCCCUAAAUGCUAAAGUUGUUGGAGGACCACAUGGGGAUAAGGACAAAAUGGUAGCAGUCGCAUCAGAAAGCAGCAUCAUUCUUUGGAGCAUUCAGGAUGGGAGCAGCGGAAGUGAAAUCGGUGUGUUCAGUCUUGGAGUGCCAGUGGAUGCACUUUUCUUUAUUGGUAACCAGUUGGUAGCCACAAGUCACACAGGGAAAGUUGGAGUGUGGAAUGCAGUUACCCAACAUUGGCAGGUUCAGGAUGUUGUUCCUAUAACAAGUUAUGACACUGCCGGGUCCUUCCUUCUUUUGGGAUGUAACAAUGGAUCAAUUUAUUAUAUAGAUAUGCAGAAAUUCCCAUUACGAAUGAAAGACAAUGACCUUCUUGUGACUGAAUUGUAUCACGAUCCCUCCAAUGAUGCUAUCACUGCGCUGAGUGUCUACCUCACCCCCAAAACCAGUGUCAGUGGGAACUGGAUAGAAAUUGCUUAUGGCACAAGCUCUGGAGCUGUGAGAGUGAUUGUUCAGCAUCCAGAGACAGUCGGCUCUGGCCCACAGCUUUUCCAGACAUUUACAGUUCAUCGAAGCCCUGUUACAAAGAUCAUGUUAUCAGAGAAACAUCUUGUGUCAGUUUGCGCUGAUAAUAAUCACGUCAGGACAUGGACAGUAACACGCUUUAGAGGAAUGAUAUCAACACAGCCAGGCUCAACACCACUCGCAUCGUUCAAAAUCUUGUCUUUAGAAGAAACUGAAAGCCAUGGAAGCUAUUCAUCUGGAAAUGACAUAGGUCCUUUUGGAGAAAGGGAUGAUCAGCAAGUGUUUAUCCAAAAAGUUGUUCCAAUAACAAACAAAUUAUUUGUAAGACUCUCUUCUACUGGAAAAAGAAUCUGUGAAAUUCAGGCAGUCGAUUGCACUACAAUUACAUGCUUUACUGUCAGAGAAUGUGAAGGUUCUAGUAGAAUGGGUUCUCGACCACGUCGCUACCUCUUCACUGGCCAUUCGAAUGGAAGUAUUCAAAUGUGGGAUCUAACUACAGCAAUGGACAUGGCGACCAAAAUAGAAGACAAAGAAGUCGGUGGCCCUACAGAAGAAGAACUGCUUAAGUUAUUGGAUCAGUGUGACCUCAGUGCAUCUCGCUGUGCCACACCUAACAUCAGUCCUGCCACAUCUGUAGUAUACCAAAGCCGUCUUCGUGACUCUAGCUCAAGUUUACAACUUCACCAUGAAACAAUUCAUGAAGCUGCAACCUACGGCUCCGUAAGGCCCUAUCGUGAGAGCCCACUGUUAGCCAGGGCAAGAAGAACAGAAAGUUUUCACAGCUAUAGGGAUUUUCAUUCUUUGAGCUUUGGCAAAAACCCGAUCGAGAAGGCAAUGUCAGAAAAUGGGAGUGUCUUGGUUAAAAAUGAAGCAAAACAGUCUGAUUGGGAAAGCAGCUCCCUUGAUAAAAAGGGUGGAACAACGAUAAGAGCUAGCAAAGUUCUAGAAGGCAUUAUGGAUGCUUGUAAAAUACAGGAAAACACAGAUGUCCGGAAAAAAUCUGUAGAUGAUGACAACGAAUCAAAGUCAGAAAAUAAAAAGAAAAGUGGAUUCGAUGGAGCCUUUUUGGGAAGAAGAAAAAUUUCUCAAGCACCUCUUUUAGGCUCAUCACCAAGUUCAGGGGAUGGUGGAAAUGAAUCACCCGGUACAGCAUCACCAUCUCCUACUAAAUCCACCACUUCUCCACGUCGUAAAAAAAGUGACUCCUCCUGCCAAGACUAUGCCUUGUGAAAAUGGAAAUUUAAAAUGCUUAUUAGCUUUUCUAGCAUGUCCAUAAACAAUCUCAAAACAUGCUGGAAUUUUAAUAUUUGUUUGGCUGCUUAUCUGUGCAACCAGAUUUUAAAGAAACAGAGUUAUUUUUUUUUUUUUUUUUUGAGCAUACAAGCAAAAACACUAUUUAUUUUGGAAAUGUAGAAAGACUGUGUACUAACUGCUCCUUGUUUUGUAAUAUAGGAAAACCAAAGGAGUUUUACCAUCUAUGCAGGUUUUCUGCAAAUAUACAUUUUAUAAAUUAUACAUUUUUUUUUAUUCUUAAUUGUUUACAUAUGCAAGUAAUAACUUAUCGAUUUAUCAAUAGUUUAUUUAUCCUCCUAUACUGAGCACUGAUACAGUAAAUAGACAUAUCCUAAAUAUUUAAUUUUAUAGAAACAUGGCAUAAUUUGCACGAGGCAGAGUAGUUUGCAUAUAUGUGUCUGUAUAUAUGCAGUGUUUGAAUUGAAACAAAAAUAUAUAUAUAUAUGUAUGAAAAUAUUGCACUUGGGUAAUGUAAAGACUGACUUCUCCAAUAUAACUUUUGGAUAAAAA